UGCGGUCUUUGCUUACGCGCGGUCGCUCGUACGAGAGUAGCGAGCGAGUGUAAGAACAGCGAACGACGUGAAGUACGCCGAGAGUACGCGAAGUACGCGAGGAAGGAAGCGACGACGACGGUUACGUCGGCCACCCGCCAUCAACGUUUGCACUUUCGGGUUCGCGCGAGCUCUCUCUCCUCUCCUACCCCGCUUUGUGUUUCUCGCCGCGCCGAAACGCAGCAGCCGCUCGCGCCCAAGUGCCUCGCUAUUUCGAAAGUCUCUCGCGCACUCGGAAAACGGGGGAGCAGUACGCAAAUACACACGUACAAUCGCACACAGUACCCCCCUCUCUUUUGCUCCCCCCGCGCGAAUAGUGGUGCGUCUACGUCGCGCCAGUACGGGCGUCCUUCCGCGUUCCCCGCGCGCGCGCCCCUACGGAUUAACGGCUUAGUGGAGUGAUUUCGUUUACCUCGGAUCGUUCCGCCGAAGGACCCGGCGCGGGCUCGUUUCUCGCGAACUGUGCGCGGCUUCGGUGGUGUGAUCCCCCCGGCCCCACGGCGAGGGAAGUCGGUGCGGAGAGCCUGCUCGCCGGAGUUCCUCGACUUUCCGCCAUCAGUCAACGAGAGAAUCUCACGCGGGGAUGUCGAGGUAGCCCCCCCAUCCAUCCGCAGGACUGGGAUUACCAUGCUGGACACGGCCACGAGUCGCAGGUGGCUGUCAGACGUCCAGGCUGAAAGCGCGAAGGGUAUAGAUCGGCAGCGGUAUGUUCGCAAAAUGGCAUUAAAGCUUCGACUAUCUUCCUCCUGAGUCGCUCUGCGAUGUUGUUUAGGUAAGCGGGAGGGAGGCGCUGCUGACCGGUGGCGGCGGCGGCCAUGCGCCCCGGCCCGCCAGUACAGCCGAGCCACCGCAGGCCUCCCCGUCGCCAGCAUCCGCACCAGCAGCAGCUCCAUCAGGAGCGCGACCGACAGCGGCAGCGGCAGCAUCGGCUGCACCUGCCGCGCGCCAACGGCGGUAGCCCGCGCGCCCUUCUGGUGCUGCUGCUACUGGCCAGCAGUCUUUUGGUCCAGGCCGAGCCGCCGGAACUACUCGUGGCCCAGCAGCAGGCGCUCAUUGGUCAGUAUCAAACGGGACUGACGACCGAGUCGAACGCGCCGAAGGAGAACCCGCAGAAGCAGAACUUGACCAUCGGCUACCUCACGGCCAUCAAGGGUGGCCUCAAGGACCGCCAGGGCCUCGCCAUCUCCGGCGCUCUGUCCAUGGCUCUCGACGAGAUCAACAGCGAUCCGAACCUUCUGCCGAACGUGACGCUGCUGAUGCGAUGGAACGACACGAGGGGAGAGACCGUCGAAGCUACCAGGGCAAUGAUCGACAUGAUCUGUGACGGGGUCGUGGCCUUCUUCGGACCGGAAGGCUCCUGCUACGUCGAGGCCAUAGUUUCUCAGUCCCGCAACAUACCUAUGAUCAGUUACAAAUGCUCGGACUACAAGGCUUCGAACGUGAACACCUUUGCGAGGACCGAGCCUCCAGACACGCAGGUGACCAAGUCGGUGAUCGCCCUGCUGCUGCACUACGGAUGGAACAAAUUCUCGAUCGUGGCCGAAAAGGCUUGGUCGACGGUGGCCCGUUCGCUGGAGAACCAGGCAGCCGAGAACAACCUCACCGUCAACCAUUACCGGCUCGUCGAGGACCGGCACACGUGCUGCGAGGAGAGGAUGCCUUGCUGUGAAGUCCCCGUAUGGUUCCAACUAAUACAGGAGACCAAAAAUAAGACCCGCAUCUACAUCUUCCUGGGUACGGCAAUAUCAUUGAUAGAUAUGAUGAAUUCGAUGCAAAACCAAAAGCUGCUGGACAACGGGGAGUACAUGGUGAUACACGUGGACAUGAUGACGUAUUCGCCGCGCGAAGCGAAGAAAUAUUUAUGGAAGCCGGAGCACUUCAGUAAUCUGAAACAUUGCCUCGAACCAAGUAACUUCCUGCAAAAGGCGCGCUCGCUGAUGGUGGUCGUGUCGUCGCCACCGACGCAGAAUUACGAGGAGUUCACGAAGAAAGUCCGCGAAUUCAAUUCGAAGGAGCCGUUCAAUUUCACGACUCCCGAGCUUCUGAAAAAGUUCGAGAAGUAUGUAUCCAUUCACGCGGCGUACCUGUACGAUUCCGUCAUGCUGUACGCGAGGGCCUUGGACCAGCUGUUGCGGGAUCAACCGAAUCAAUCGCUGAUGGAGGUCGCCGGCAACGGCACCCGGAUAAUCGAGACGAUUAUCAAGAAUCAUACAUAUCAAAGUGUGAGCGGCGCGACCAUCAAGCUGGACCAAUUCGGCGACUCGGAGGGUAACUUCUCGGUGCUCGCUCUGAAGAAAGAGCCUUUUCAGCUGAACAACUUCACCUGCACAUACCAGAUGAAGCCCGUGGGCCAGUUUCAGCAGGGUGAAACUCUAGUGUACAGGCCAUCGGGGGCCAUGGAUUGGCCCGGCAAGAACAAGCCGGAGGCCGAACCCGGCUGCGGUUUCUUCAAUGAGCACUGCCCGAAGAAGGACACUCAUCACCACAGCAUUAUCGCUGCCGGGGUGCUGGGCGUUUUGGUGAUAUGCGCCACGGCGAUCACCAUCAGCAUUUACCGAAAGUGGAAGAUAGAGCAGGAGAUAGAGGGCUUGCUCUGGAGGAUCGACUUGAGCGAGAUUCACAGUCCGCAUCUCGACAACAUGAUGUCCUCCCCUAGUAAGUUAAGUUUAGUUAGUGCAAUGUCCUACGAGUCCAAAUGCGGUGGCCAAGUGUUCGCGCAGACCGGCCAUUACCGCGGUGUGGUAGUGCGGAUAAAGGAGCUGAAGUUCUCGAAGAAAAAAGACAUUUCACGGGACGACAUGAAGGAAUUGCGCAUUCUCCGUGAAAUUAGACACGAUAAUCUCAACUCUUUCGUCGGGGCGUGCGUGGAGCCGAUGAGGAUAUUGUUACUUACCGAGUAUUGUGCCAAAGGAAGUCUUUAUGACAUUAUCGAAAACGAAGAUAUCAAGUUAGAUAAUAUGUUCAUUACGUCGUUAGUUCACGAUCUCAUUAAGGGUAUGCUGUACAUUCACGAUUCACCUGUGCUAGUCUGUCAUGGUAAUCUAAAGUCUUCCAAUUGUGUCGUGACCUCACGUUGGGUACUCCAAGUCUCCGAUUUCGGUCUUCAUGAUAUGCGUCACUGCGCCGAGUCCGGCAGCAUCGGUGAACAUCAGUAUUAUCAAAACUUGCUUUGGAAGGCUCCCGAGCUAUUGAGAGAACCAAAUAAUGCGAUCAGGGGCACGCAGAAAGGAGACGUUUACUCUUUUGCUAUUAUUCUCUUCGAGAUGAUCGGACGGAAGGGGCCGUACGGUAUAACCAUGGACCCCAAAGACAUCAUCGAACGGGUGAAGAACUACAACCCGAAGGACAAGGAAGAGGACAAGAAGAAACUGCCGUUCAGGCCUGACAUAGACGUACUCACCAAGUCUAAAGCGGACUGCGCCGAAUACGUAGUGAACACUAUCACAGACUGUUGGGACGAGGAUCCGAACCUCAGGCCAGACUUUAAGGUGAUAAGGAGCCGACUGAUGGCGAUGAAGGCCGGAACGAAUCAAAAUAUAAUGGACCAAAUGAUGCACAUGAUGGAGACAUACGCGAACAACCUCGAGGAUCUAGUCAGUGAGCGUACGCGCCUUCUCUUCGAGGAGAAACAGAAAACCGAGGACCUGCUGCAUAGAAUGUUACCCAAGCCUGUCGCGAAUCGUCUGACGAACGGUAUCGGAGUAGAGCCCGAGGCCUUUGAUCUGGUCACUAUAUACUUCAGCGAUAUCGUCGGCUUCACGGCGAUGUCGGCGGAGAGCACGCCGUUCGAGGUUGUAAAUUUCCUGAAUGACCUGUAUACCUUGUUCGAUCGUAUAAUCAAGGGAUACGACGUGUACAAAGUGGAGACGAUCGGAGACGCCUACAUGGUCGUUUCCGGUCUUCCGAUAAAAAACGGAGACAGGCAUGCCGGCGAGAUAGCGUCGAUGUCGUUGGAAUUACUUAACGCUGUUAAACAGCACACGAUAGCUCAUCGACCUCAUGAAACCCUCAAGCUGCGCAUCGGUAUUCACACGGGUCCUGUGGUAGCGGGCGUUGUCGGUCUAACGAUGCCUAGGUAUUGCUUGUUCGGGGACACCGUAAACACCGCGUCUCGCAUGGAGUCCAACGGAGAGCCAUUGCGGAUACAUAUCAGCGGACAGUGCAAGAAUGCUCUCGAUAAGAUCGGAGGGUACAUUAUCGAAGAACGUGGCUUUGUACACAUGAAAGGCAAAGGGGAGGUGAAGACAUACUGGCUCACGGGAACCACCGAGAAAGCCAUUCAAAAACGAGAGGUCGAUGUGGGCGAUCUUCCGCCUCUGUUCUGCACACCACGAAGAAGGCAGUCGAACGUACCGCGUCUACUAGCGGAUGACUCGUCGUCCCAGUGCGGAGGCUCGAGUCCAGUUCCACGAUCGUUCCACGCACCCAAGUUCGAGGGAUCUCGCCUGUCUCUGGCUAAGAGCAUCUCGAAGACCACGAUAGACAACGUGCCGAUUCUGGAGGAGGCGCAGGAACGCGCCGCCGACAUCAAGUCGGCCUUCGACGAUUUCCUCACGGACACCGGGCCGAAGUUCCGGAAAAACGCACGUCUGUCCACCAUCGCGUCCUCGUCGUCGACCAGCGACUAUCCGUCUCAGCUUGUUAUUCGCGAAUCUCGCUCGCUGGACCCGUUCCCCUGCGACAUUUACAACAAACAGUUCGAGUCGCCGAGCCUCUCCUGGAAGGAGCCCAAAAAGAUCUUCUGCUCGUUGGAGAAUUGUGUCAAGUUCACGCGGAUCAAUUCGAAAACGGACAUUCCCGAGAAACUGCUGGACAACAAUCAUCCUAACGGCAAUGUGAUAAUUGUGCCUCAUACCGGUGACUCUCCGAACGAAGCAGAAAUGCCGUUAUUAGGUGACGACGGCGGCUGCAUGGGAGAAGUACUACCAAUCAAGCGCUGGCGCUCACUGGAUCAGGAGAUAUCCGGGCCUAGCACGGACAGUGUACCUGAUAAAAAGUCUUCCGCGCGAAAUUCAAUUAGAAGUUGGCUAGUUAAUCUGUUCAAUGGUACUGGAUUGCGCAGUAGCGAAUAUUUAGGGAAAGGGAUGGAACGGUACGAGAUGCAACCCGAACGCGAAAGUAUAGUCUAGCGCACAUAUGAGCGAGCGAGCGAACGAGAGAGAGAGAGAGAGAGAGAGAUGUUCUUUGUUUUUAUUUUCUUUGUCUCUUCUGCGACGGAGGGAAGCGAGGGAUAGAAAUAUCGCUUGUAGGACCGGAAAACUGCGCAACUACACGGAGUAUAUUAUUACGUUUACGAGUCAUAAGCAUGAGUUAUUGUUGCCAUCUUUUUUCUAGCUUAGUUAUGUGCAAUUUAUGUAUAUGAAAGUUACCGACAUUGUAUAUUUUUUAAUAUCUAGAUAUUUUAUAACUUGUACUAAAAAAAACGUGCCCAUCGAGGUGAUGUAGUAGGAAGCGACUUUUAUGUAGCACACACAGGACUGUUCUCUUUAAGAUUUUUUAAUUCGAUUGUGUAUAGCGCGAAAGACGCUAGACUAUUUUAUAAAAAUCAUGACCAAAGUACAGACACUUCGACCGGCGAUUUAUUUGGUUUAAUGGCGUGAGAAAAACGGAAUUUGGGCGGCAUCGCGUACGCACACGCACAAUCAAACAUGCAGCAUGAAUGUAUAAGGUGUGUAUAUGUAUAAUACGUUCAUUAAUACAUAUGUAAAUCCAAGUAUAUCGUUAAUACUGUUAUAUAUGUUAUAUAUAUAAUAGUAUUAAUACUAUAUAUAUAUAUAAUAUUAAUAUUAUAUAUUAAUGUAUAUAUGAUAUUAAUAUUUAUAUCGUAUAUAUAUAAUAUAUAUUAUAUACACAUAUGCAUGUACAUAUGUAACUAUGUACACACUAUUGUGUGUGUGUGUGUGUGUGUGUGUGUGUGUGUGUGUGUGUGUGUGUGUGUGUGUGUGUGUGUGUGUGUGUGUGUGUGUGUGUGUGNGUGUGUGUGUGUGUGUGUGUGUGUGUGUGUGUGUGUGUGUAACCUCUAUAUAUAGUAUCUCUAGUAUCUACAUUUAAUAAUACUUGUUCACUGAAGGAAGCAAAUUAUCCGUAUGGCUGUGAAAAGUGAACUAGAUUGUACCUAAGGUGCUUAGUAAUAUAUCAUGUUGUCAAAUGUAUAUAACUGAAUAAUAAUAUAUCAAUGUAAAGAUAAAAUAUAAA